AUCCGAGCUGCCUCAGCAUCGGUUCUCCCACACCGCCUCAGAGACGCUCUCCAGACCCGCAGCAGCAGCAGCAGCAUCAUCAGCAGCCAUGAGCUCCACGCGCUCCGGAAUAUCAUCCAUGUCCCUCUACUCCAUGUCCACCGGCGUUAGAGCCUCUCGCGGCACCAGCGUGUACGGAGGGGCCGGAGGCAGGAAUGUCCGCGUUUCUUACGCUUCCAACGACCUGGGCUCCGGCUUUGACCUGACGCAGGCGCUCGGGAGCGGAGACAACUUCUCUAUAUCCAAAAGUGAAAAGGCGACGAUGCAGAACCUGAAUGACCGCCUGGCCUCCUACCUGGCGAAGGUGCGCACGCUGGAGUCCGCCAACACAAAGCUGGAGCUUCAGAUCAAGGAAUGGUAUGAGAAGCAGACCCCCACCGUCAGGGACUACAGCAAGUACGAUGCGAUCAUCACGGACCUGCGCAAAAAGAUAAACGAUGCUACCCUUGAUAAUGCUAGGCUGAUGCUGCAGAUCGAUAAUGCCAAGCUGGCAGCAGAGGACUUCAGAAUGAAGUAUGAGAACGAGAUGGCACUGCACCAGUCGGUUGAGUCAGACAUUGCCGGGCUGCGCAGAGUUCUGGAUGAGUUGACCAUGACUCGGUCCGACCUGGAGAUGCAGGUGGAGGGCUUAAAGGAGGAGCUGAUCUUUAUGAAGAAGAACCACGAGGAGGAAAUUGCAGCCCUGCGUAGCCAUGUCUCCACCAGCUCUGUGAACGUGGAGGUUGAUGCCAAGCGAGGUGAGGACCUGUCUGUUGUCCUUGAAGAGAUGCGGAGUGAGUAUGAGGGAAUUGUCGAGAAAAACCGCCGUGAGAUGGAAGCGUGGUACAAAGUCAAGUUUGAAGAGCUGAACAAGACCAUGGCAUCCAGUACAGAGACUCUACAGACAUCCAGAAGCGAGAUCAACGAGCUAAAGAGGAAGCUGCAGAGUUUGCAGAUUGAGCUUCAGUCUGAACACAGCCUGAAAGGUGCCCUGGAAGGUCAGCUGUAUGAGACAGAGACACGUUUCAGCCAGCAGCUGAGCGACCACCAGCGCAUAGUGAACAGCCUGGAGGAAGAGCUCAGUAGAAUGAGAACGGACAUUGAGCGGCAGUCCUCAGAAUACCAGAUUCUGCUGGACAUUAAAACCAGGCUGGAGCUGGAGAUCGCCGAGUACAGAAGACUGCUGGAUGGAGAGGACGUGAAGAAAACUGCAAUUGUGGAGGUGAGGGAGGUUAAGAAAGAAGUGAAGGUGGAAGAACAUAAACCAGUCAUCACCAAGAGGACAAAGAUUGUGGUUGAGGAGCUUGUGGACGGAAAGGUUGUGUCCCGUACUGAAGAUGUGGACUUGGCGGUCGUCAGCGAGUAAACUGAGCCUAAAAAAAACAAACCAAAAAAUGGUUAUUUUUGCACAUAAGCCUACAAACCACUCAGAAGCUAUAAAUAUUUAUCUUCCAGAUUUUUUGUGUAGUUUAGAUGUUUGGUCUUAUUUUUUGUCAAAAAGUUAUUUAUUUUGAUUUAGAGUCUGGAAAAAAAUAUGCAAAGCCAGUAAAAUGUGUUUUAAAAAAUAGAUUACAUUAGCAAUUAACUAUAAGCCAAAGCAGAAAAGAAAGAGAAGGUAGUCCACGUAAAGCACUCGCUGUAAGUAAAAAAAAAAGAAAAAGUCAACAGUACACUGGCAAUUUAAAAGAAAA